GUUUUAAGAAGAUUAUAUACAUACUGUAAAAGUGAAUCUUCUUAUCAAGGGUCAAGAAGUGGAGAUAGAGCUGCCAAUUGCAAGUGAUGCCCCGGCAGAGUGUACAGCUGUGGAAAUUAUUGACACACAAGUAAUUCUUUAAAUUGGACUCUAGUUGAAAAUACUAAACAGUGCAUUUCUUUAUUAAACAAUUCAAAACACUAAAAUUAUACACAUUCUCCAUAGCUAUAUAAUUAUGUAACUGAUCAAGUGGGAUAAAUUUUAUCCUUUUUUUAACAACUCUGAUUAAUAUCUUAUGCAUAAGUCUUACAUAAUUAUAUACUUUGAUAUAAAAUCAUUUCAAAUUGAAAAAUUAAAAAUUAUGCAACUACAUAGACAUACAUUUUUAACAUCUUUUGAUCAUAUUUUAUAAAAAUUGUAAAUAUGUAUUUUAACACACAAACUAUUUUCUAGACAGAAGACUGCACAAAUGGUGACAGCAAAAAAAAUGCAAACCACCACACUGGAGCCAUAAGUUUAGAUUACAUAACAGAUAAGAGGGCUCGCCAGAAGUGUUUCUCCAAAAGGAUGAAGACAUUUAAGUCUCAGGCAAUUGCUUUGCAUAGAAUGUGUGGAGCACAAGUCUCCUUAACAGUUGUGGCAGAAAGUGGCAAAAAAACCACUCUUUCUCUGCCACAAGUCCUGUCAAGGCAUGUGAAGUUACAAGCAGGGGAAAGUUCAUUCUCAAAGCAUACGAGACAGAUGUCUUCCCCUCCGCCACCACAGUCGCAUUCCCCCAAGAAGACAAAAGUUAUUAACCAUAUGCCAGGCAAAAAGACCACAGGAAAGAAAAAGCAUAUUAGUAUUAAAGAAAGAAUUUGUAAUAAAUUGUCAGUAUGCUUUGUAAUAUUUAAUUAUAAGAAAGAUCAACUAUUCAAAAAGAAACAUGGAAUAAAUGCUGUCUGGCUGGGGUGUGACCAUGAUGGCUGUCACUACUGA